GUGCUUGGCGCGUGGAGACGAUCCGUCUCCUGACGUCAUCACCAGGCCCCUGAAGUCGGCGCUGGCAGAAGGUGUCUCAGUAGUCGUUAUUUAAGAUGUCAGAAGAUCUCAAGAAAAGAUUACAAUUUCCAAACUCUCUUAUUCAGACACAGGCAGUGGCCCAUCUCAUUGCAUCUGUGUUAAAAGAAAAUGGUACCUCUCAGAAGAUCACGCAGUCUUCAAACCAGACUCCUGCACUGAAUGUUCUUUGGGAAAAGUGCUGUGAAGACCAAGUGGUUGUGCGGACGGCUUGUUGUGAAGCGCUUGUGGCUCUGGUUGAGCAGGGUCAUGCAGACUUCAGCUAUGUCCUCAAUGGAAUCCUUAAUAUUUUUCCAUCUGCCAGAAACCCACAAGGUUUAGUAAAAUGUGUUUGGCGUCUUCUACACAUUCAGGCCAAGAAUUCAGAGGAAGGUGGAGAUGAGAAAUUAAAUAGCACUUAUAGAAUCUGGAAUCCGCCACAUCCAUUUAUCAGCAUGCUAGAAAACAGACCUGAUUGUUGGCCAGCGCUCUUGCAGCAGAUGUCUACUUUCUUUCAACAGUGCCCAGAACGGGACAAGUCAUCCGCUGUGUGUUUAUUGUCACCCUUUCUGAGGUAUCUAUACUGUGAACCAUCUCAGUUGCAUGAGUACUCCACCUUUCGCAUUAGCCUCAGGAAAGCCUUGCUUCAGUCUUUUAGCCGGGAUAAAGACAGCAGACCAUCAGUACCUGAAGAGCAACUCCUUCGUCUUUUCAUAGAUAUGAUAAGCUACAUGCAGGUUUCAAAUUAUACUCAUGUCGCUGAAGUCACUAUGUUCCUGAAAGAUUUGUGCACCAGCCUUCAGCGGCACUUGGAUUUCUGGAGAAAGGAGCUCUCCACCAUCUCUCUACACAUCUUAUGUGUCUGUGAAAUCAGCCUGAAAUUGACUGGAGACUGCUCAGAGCUAAUUCAGAUACUGAUGGAAAAUGUGGAUCUUCUAAAAGAGAGUUUCCCUACACAGCAGUCUCUUCUUGUGCUCAGUCUGCUGUUGCUGCAGUCUCCAGCUAGUCAGCAAACACACAUGUUAAAUCUAGCAUUGAAGAUCCUAUCAUGUUCAGGGGACAAGAAAACUCCAGCCAUAGCCCACAUCAUGGUAAUGCCUCUGCUCCAUGUUUUAUCUUCAUCGACCCUGGCUAACUGCUUCUUAGAAGAGGGUGGGGGUGCAUCCCUGGAACAGAUGGUUCUAACUCUUUUGGAAAAAGUGCAAGAUGUGGACAACAAUGCAGAUGUAUUUGCGCAUUCUGAAACUUUCCCUCUUCCUGUAACUACCUUGCACUACCCACUGGCUCUAACUUUAAAUAUGUUGAACAAGCUCAGCGAGAGCAGCACAGCUGCAUAUGACUGGCUGUCAUCCGUGUCCUCCACACUUCCAUUUGCUACUCAAGUCCCUGGCUAUGUCUCUCUGCUGCUGACUUACCUUCUCAUUAACCAGUCUGGACAAGCACUAUGCAAAGCACUGAAAGUCACCACAGAAGUUGCUAAGGCAGAUUCGUCUCAGGUUCCAUAUUUGAUUCCUAGCCUGAUGUUCAAGCUUGGGCAGCCUUUGAACCCCAGUUUGUCCCGUGACAUUCUGUACACCUUGCCGUCUCUUGGUACUCACAAGGUGUGUGUACCCCAAAUCAUGCGGGCCUUGCAGAUGCUAGGCAGCACAGUCAAGCUUCAGCCCAUCACCCUUCGUCUGAUGACUGCCUUGUGGGAGAAACAGGACCGAAUAUACCCAGAGCUACAAAAAUGGAUGGCAAUGACUGACACGCAGUCUUUGUCUGUUGGUAAAGAGACACAGUGGGAGAAGACUGUUGCAAAAUCAGCAACAAUUCGAGAUAUCUGCAGACAGAGACCCUACCAACAUGGAGCAGACAUGCUGGCUGCCAUCACCCAAGUUUUGAAUGAAUGCACAAAACCUGACCAGGCCAGCCCUGCUGCUUUAGCGCUUCAAGGCCUUCAUGCUCUCUGCCAAGCUGAGGUUGUCGACAUCCGCUCUACCUGGAAUGCUUUAUCUCCUAAGCUUGGCUGCGACACCCGGCCGAGUGUUCUGAGGAUUUUACAUGAGCUUUUCGCUUUGAUUCCUUCACUGACUGUUAGUACAGAAGAAUAUGAGAAAUUUAAAGUGCAAAUUGUCAGCAUACUUUGGAGUCACACUAGGAGUAAGGAUCCUGUUGUGUGUUCCUCGGCAUACAAGUCUCUAUGUGCAUUUAAUGCUGAUGAACACACUAUUCUACAUCUUCCUGAGCAGGCCAGACCUGAGGUGAUCCCACCAGAUGAAUCAGACCUAGCUGGAGAGGGAGAGGAAAAGGAAGAGGACAUCUCGGUGCCUGGCUCCUCUUAUAUUAAACUAAUGGCACUCACCCCCACUUUGGUUUUGCCAGCAUUUGAAGAGUUCCUAGCGUCUCUUGUGAAGCAAGAAAUGUCUAGCAUGCCACGGGGUAUUUACCAUUCUGCCCUUAGGGGAGGAGCUGUGAGAACUGACCAAGGAAAAACCGUAGCAGGAGUCCCGAACUUUAUGCUGAAAAUGUAUGAGAAGAAUAGACAGCCUGGUUUAAAGCCUGGACUUGCAGCUGGCAUGCUUCUCUGCUAUGACCUUCCUAUCCAGACAGACAAGGAUGGCAGGCCCAUUAAUCGUUUUCUUGCUAGUCGGGGACGGAGCUACCAGCAGAUGUUAACAGCACUUAUUCAUGAGGUCAAUAUCCAGUCAUCUGAAUGGCACCGUUCCAUGCUGCUUCCUCAGUCCUGGCUUGGCUUUAUGGCAAGGACAUAUCAUGCCGUUUUACAGGGACGCCAAGCUGAGUUGGAGAUGCAGUUGAAACAUGGAAAAGAUGACCCCCAAGAGCUUCAGUACAAAACGUAUACAGCCUGGCUCUGGGUUAGAGAUGCACUAACAGACACCAUCAGGUCUUCUGUGAAGGAUAGUCCCGUGGUCAAGGGGAACUCUCUCUUGGCUUUAACCGGACUGGCUGUUGCUGUCUCAAAAUAUGAAAACAGCCUCCCGUCAGAAUCUGAUGGUGCUCCAGAGAUUGAACCAGAUAUCCUCCCUACCACUGCUUGGCUUUCCAUGGUGCUGGACACCCUACUGAGUAUUGUGGACAAUCACUACUAUCCCAAGGGCAGGAUCUUCCCGUGGUUCCAACAUAAAUCCUACUCUGGAGAGAAUACAGCUAGUGUUAUUGCUCGUUCCUGUGCCGCCAGUGCACUCUCUCUGCUGGUGCCAGUAUUGGUUGUGUCAUUUAAAGAGAAAGUGGCAGAAAUUCUCAGUAUUUUGACAGCCCGACUACCUGGGAAGCCAGGAGCAGAUGAAUCUCAGGCUCUUCAAAUACACGUGGGACUGGCACUGGGGAUGUUUAUUUCCCGGCUGUGUGAGGAGAAAGUCACUGAUGUAUCUGGGCAGCAGAUGAACAUACAAAUGAUGAAGUGUCUGGAUGCACUGGAAAGUUGCUGCUUUGAUCCUGGUGUUGAAAACAAUAUGGGCUGUAUUCUGGGAGUGGGCCUUGUGCUAUCCUUCAUGAGUCAGAAUAGUCAGACAGACGGCCAAGUCCACGUCUCUGCUACACUACGCAAGCUCUACAUGUCCCUAUGUGAUGGCGAAGACCAGAGCCGAACACAGCAAGAGGUUCUGUCAUAUAGUGUGGCAUGUGUCACUGUGUCGGCUUUCAGUGCUAGCAUUAUUAACGCAGAAGAAGCAGAGGAGCACAUGAACAAACUGCGGGAGCUAACAGAACAGAAUCAGCAGACCCCUGGCUUAGCCCUGGCACUUGGAAGCAUCGUUCAUGGCUUGUCAGUAUGUGGACAUGGGAAAGCAGAAGACUUGAAUGGCCGGCUGCUGCCAGCCUGGAUAAAGAUUCUCCUUGCAGAGGGAUGCCCCACCAUGCAGCGCUUGGCUGCUCUCAAUGGACUUGUGGCACUGGUAGGAUCUGAAUCUGCAUUGAUACAACUGAAAUCUGAAUCAAUACAGUCUUCCCAAUUUCAAAGUAAAAUGAAUGAAGUCAUCAAAACAAUAACCCAGAUUAUCAGUUUUUCUGGAGCUAUUGGUCUGCAGACCAAUGCAGCAUGGAUUCUUGGUCAUCUUCACUUAUCCAGCCUGUCGUCAUCACAAAGCAGAACCUCCGUUCCCCCAGAUUUUGGGUACCUGCCUGAAAGAAGCUUAAUACGAGUUGUUGUGGAUUUCCUUGUCUCUGCUGGAAAGAAAGGACCUGAAUCUCUCCCCCCUCCUCUGGUGAAAGUGUGUGCUUCUUCAAUUGCUGCUGCUGCUGACGGACAUCAGUAUCCUCCUGUCAACUGGGCAUCUAUACUUGCUCCACUCAUGAGACUUAACUUUGGGGAUGAAAUACAAAGGUUGUGUAUCCAAAUAGCUGUCACUCAGGCCCAGACCUCACAGAAUGCAGCAGUACUCUUAGGAAUGUGGGUGGUUCCACCACUAAUUUACAGCCUUACUGUCAAAACCCGGGCCUACCUCUUGACCUCGUUGCCUCUAUGGAUGAAACAUCUCUCUGAGGACAAGCUACAGACAUUUGCUGAUGUGUGCAUGACUCCACACUUUGAGGCACAUGGUGAGGCUAGGGAUCUGGAGAUGUCCCAAUGUGUCCUACAAAGCCUCAGCCAAGCUAUGAAACUUCCCAGCCCCCCACAGCACUGCUGGAGUUUCCUCUGCAAAACUACAGAGCAGAUAUUUCAUCUCUUGCCAGAUGAAAUCCAUGAGAUAGACGUGGAACUGUAUGUUGAAGUGGCAAAAUGUCUCUCGGAAAUGGCGGCUAGCGAAAUUGAACGUAUAUGUUCCAUUUCAAAGAAGAGCAUAGAGAAAACUGCCUUUGUGCUGUUGUAUCUGGUCUCAGAAGGACGUCUACCCUUGUCAUGCUUCAAUGACAUCAUUGCAGUUGCUGUAGAGUGCAACGAGACACAAACCAUAAGCUGGAUGCUGUUACAAUCAUUCUAUCAUUCACGGAUCUCCAGCCAUCAAAACACAGGUAUUCUGAAAAGAAUGGAAUGGCUGCUGGACCUAACUAGUUACAUAAGGAAUGUAGCUUAUCGGUCUACCCCUCAGAAAAAUAUGACACUUAGCAAGGCAGUGGACUUCUUGCUGCAGGUCUUUGCUGCCUCUGUUGUGGCCUGGGCUGAUCAUGCGACUCCUCUAGUUCUGGGAGUUGGAGCCAACUGGUUGGCAUGGAGAGUCGAACAACAUUCUGACUAUGUCCCUAAAUGUUUGGGCAAACGGUCUUUGGACUUUAUAACUGUCCAUGAAUGUUUAGCUGCAUUGCCCAGUAGUUUAUGUCUUUUGUUAGCCAAAGAACCUUGGAAAGAACACGUUUUAAAGUUUAUUGACUGGCUGAACAGUUUGCUGGAAGUUCCAGAGGAGGCCUUAUCAGGAAGCUGUAGAGCAGUUUUAAGAGCUGCGCUUCUUUCACUACGGGGCCUUCCAGAGUUUAAAAGGAAAGUGGUAUGGACCAGAGCCUACGGAUGGUAGUCACCUUUAAUGGUACCCUAUUAUUUGGAAAGAUGAGGCUUGCCAGAAGAUUCCUGCCAGUCCCACCCUUGAAAACUAUAUUUUCAUUAACUAUUGUUCAAGCCUGCAAAACCCAAGAACAAACACAAGAGUGGCUUACUGUGUGUUAAUCAUGCAGCAGAUUUAAAGGGAAUUGUUUAAAGAAAAAUAUGAACGGACCAAAAAAAUCUGCGUUCUUUGUCAAACAGCAGAACGGAACUUUGACUAAUGUUCUGUCCCUAUAAAUAUCCUUUAUUUAUUUCCACCAUUGCUCUGCUUGUCAGAGAUCAAGGGUUACCUGGAAGAUCUCAAUAAAACACACUCAUUUGAAAUCAGA